GGAACGCGCAGGCAAACAACAGCGACACUCGGUGUGCAGCACGACCACAUAGACGGCGUUUAAUUUGAUACGGCUAUAAUCAAUUCUACGUAUGUAGUCACUAGCAACUCACACCAAACAUUCAAGUGCCCUGCACGUAUCGCCACUGCCCAUUGGCGCCAGAACUUGCCAUCGGCGCCGGAACACGCCCACAGACAUUUUGGUUCGCUGAAUGCAAGCUCAACAACGCAAGAGCUCGUUGGCCGUCGACCAUGCUCGCUAAGCUCGCUGACGGAAACCCUGCUGGGUUUGCCCCAGAGGACCAGGCGGGCGGGUUGGCGACCGCGACCAUCCUGCACCUGCCCGCGCACAUCUUGGAGGACGUCUUCGCCCGACUGGACAGUCGUUCCCUGGCACGCUGCCUGGCCGUGUGCCGCUCCUGGCUCGCCCCCGCCUCCCGCCCCUCCCUGUGGACGACCCAGUUGCAUGCCGAGUACGGACUGCAGCUGCCGCCACAGCUACAGCCGCCACAGCUACAGCCGCCACAGCUACAGCCGCCACAGCUACAGCCGCCAGCCGCUACCGCCGCGGCUACAGUUGGGACGGCGGCAAUGGAAAGCGCGGGUAGCGCCGUGGCGGCGGCGGCGGCGGCGGCAGCUCCUGUUGAGGAUGCUGUGGAGUCAAGCCGGACAAAUGCGGGCGGCGCUAGUGGCGGCGGCGGCGGCGGCGUUGGCGGGGGUGGUGGCGGCAGUGGCGGGGGUGGUGGCGGGGGUGGUGGCGGUGGCGGCCGCCUCGCCUGGCCCUGCCCCGCCGACCCCGGCGCCUCCUUCGCAGCCCUGGUGCGCUGCCCGCUGGCCGCCCACCUCGCCUACCAGCACCGCAUGGCGGCGGCAGUAGCAGGCGUGCGGAGCUGGUGGGUGCGCGUCACGCUACUGCUUCCUGCGCCCGUCAACGGCGGCAGUAGCAACACCAGUACUGGCGACACCAUUGGCGGCAGUAGCAGCACCAGUGGCGGCAGUAGCGGCAGUGUCAAUGGCAAUAGCAGCAGGGGCCGGCGGGUUCUGCGGUCGUCGCUGUGCCGGUGCCUGGGGGUCGCUGUGAACCCGCAGAGUGUGUGGCUACGAUUCCGACUGCCGGGCUGGGUGCGGCGCGCGGCGGCGGAGCAGCCGCCCUGGCAGCCGGGCACAAGCUGCAGCGGCAGCGGUGACCCCGACCUGCCGCCCGGCCUCACGGCUGUAGCACCGGGCGGCACCUGGCAGCAGCAGCAGCAGCAGCUACUGCCAAUGGCGCCGCACGUGAUAGAGCUGACGCUGCUAGCGGAGGCGCGGCUGCACGAGCGGGGUCGCGGUGGUGGUGGCGGUGGCGGUGCGAGCGGCAGCGGCAGCGGCGGCGGCAGUAGCAGUGGCAGUGGCAGUAGCAGCGGCGAUGGGGCCCGCUGCUGGGCUGCAAUGUACAGCCGACCCUUCCGGCUGCCGCUGGGCGACCGCAUGCGGCUGCUACAGAGUCACGUGGAAGGCUUGUACGUGUGGGACGACGACUCCGACUCUGACGAAGAGGAGGAAGGGGAGGAAGACGAGGGCGGGGCGGCUGGAGGUCAGCAGCAGGAACAACAACAGCAGCAGGCGGCGGCGGCGGCGGUGGCAGCUGGAGGAGCCGCCGACGUGGCAGGAGCAGGGGCAGCAGGGGCAGGAGCAGGGGCAGUAGCAGCAGGGGCAGGGGCAGUAGCAGCAGGGGCAGGGGCAGUAGCAGCAGGGGCAGGGGCAGCCGGUGUUUUGGAUCCGGACCUCGUGAACCCGGGCCCGGCCAACGGAGACGAGGAUCCUCCCGAGUGCUUUGACGAGGAUCCAGCCGCCGUGUCGGAUCCGGAUCUGGACGAGCGCGGCAUGAUGCGGAUCCGGAUCCCGGGUCCGUCGUCCGCCGCCGCCUGGCGGCAGCCUGGCGGCGCGCCGGCAGUAGCAGCUACAGCUGCAGCGGCAGUGGCAAGUGCAGCGGCAGCCGCUGCUACAGCCGGGUCCUCCAAGCCGGGUCCGCACCUGGCGGCUUACCUACACUAUGAGCAGCUACUGCCGGUGUGCCCGCCCGCAGCGGUGCCGCAGCGGGGCCUGCGCUUGCACUACCAGGCCCCACACGACGCCCACCCCGGCCUGCCACACUACCUCGCACACAAGCGGGCGAUAGCCGCCGCAUCAGCCGCCGCAGCGGCAGUAGCAGCGCCAGCGCCAGCAGCGGCAGUAGCUGCAGCAACCGCUGGAACUGCUACAGCCGCCGCUGGCCCCAGCACACCAGCUGCUACAGCCCCUGCUGCUGCUGCUACUGCCACGGCAACCCCACAGCCGCCGCUGCUACAGCCGGCGGCGUACCUCUACAUCGACUGGAGCCGCCUGCCGGGAGCCGACGACGGCGGCGGCGGCGGCGGCGGCAACGCAGGUGGUCAUAACGGCCGCGUUGAUGACAGUGGGGAGGAGGGGCAGCAGCAGCGUGAGGGCGCCUGGGCCGGCGGCGUGGUGGUACGGCUGUGGGCGAUGGCGCCGCCACCUGAUGCGGCAGCGGCGGCGGCGGCGGCUGGCGGCGGCGGCGCCCUCAGCUGCGCGCGUGCUUCGCGGCUGGAGGCGGACAGCCGCCGCGGCGACAUUGUGUGGCUGGCGCCGCCGCUGAAGCGGCGGCAGCCGGCGGCGGCGGCGGCGGCGGCGCCGCCGCCUGCGCUAGGAGGAGCAGCAGGCGACGCCUCAGGAGGCGGCGGUGGUGGCGGCGGCGCGGCGGCAGAGGUUGCGGCGGCGGGCGACGAGGCGGUGGGAGACGAGCCGGGGGCGCGAGAGGCCGUGGGGGCGGCGGCGGCGCGCUUUGCAGCGUCAUGGCUUCGUGCCUUUGGGCCCGGCGGCGGCGCUGUGGCGGACCCGCUUGUCUUUGCCAGUGGCGGCGGCGGCGGCGGCGGCAGCAAUGGCCUGGGCUCAUCUGCUGCUCCGCCGCCCGGCUCUGGCGGCGCGGCGGCGGGCGCGGGUGCAGCGGCGGGUACAGGCGUGGCGGCGGAUGCGGGCCCGGGCGCGGCGGCGGGUGCGGCGGCGGGUGCGGGCGUGGGUGCGAUUGCGGCCCGGCGUCUGGCGGUGGUGUGUGGCGGGCGCGAGCCGCUCAUGGCGGACUUGGCGCUGUUGGAUGCGGGCGGGCGGCUGCGGCUGGGCAGGUGCGGCGUGGAGAUGUGGGGCGAGGGCGGCGGCGCCUUGCGCAGCUCCCUGCACUUCCUGCUGGACCAACUGCCGCCGCGCCGCCAGUCGCUGUGGGACAACCAAGUCACAGUUGCAUGGGGCGAGCAACUGCCGCCGCCGCCGCCAGACGCGGCGGCGGUGGCGGCGGCCGGCGUUGCUGCAGGCGGCGGCGAAGGCGGAAGUAGUGGCGGUGGCAGCGGCGGCGACGGGCAGCCAACUGCUUCGCCGUCUUCUUCGUCUUGUUAUUCUUCUUCGUCGUCGCCGUAUGUAGGCCCGUGGGCGCGCAUUUCGUUGCAGAUGCCGCAACGCAAUUGGGAGCUGCUAAUGAGCAAUUGCAGCACAGACGAGGAGGCUUGCGGCGGCGGCGGCGGCAGUCUUUAAGCGUUGCUGCUGCCGCUAGUGGCGGUUGUUCCUGGGGGUUCGUCAGCAGCGUUCGUUGGUUGCCAAGACGAUGGACGUGUGCGAUGGGACAGCGGACAGGACGAUGGACAUCAGAGGCGAUAGCCACGUGCUCGCUUGCGGCCUGCCCUGCUUGCGGCGGCGGGACACAACAACAACGCUGCUCGGCGCUACAAUGCGGAAGUGGAGAUGGCCAGGACGCCAGGUAGUCGGCGGGUAGUCGCCUUGCCCGCGCGCCUUCGGCCGUAAUUCUUGUCGACAAACCCGGUUUUUUACUACAAGCAGUUGUCGGUGGGAACACGUGGUCUCUAUCAGUUGUGUGAUCACCUUAUUGAUGGCGGCUUCUGAUAAAAAUGAAGAAUCAUACCGGAUGAAUGUCUUUGGCCCUAGGGUGCAACAAGCGCCACAAGCCUCAUCAAUUGUGGGCACUUUCCGGCGUCGCACCAAUAUAGCGUCAUCACGACGCCGUGGAACUAUGACUGGGCACUUCAUUCAGUCAUGUCAUUUCUAUUUGCCUUACAAAGGAGCCGGUGCCACGAACCGACAAAAGCCCUUGUUCUCCGCAGUGGCUUAUUAGUUUCUAGAAUUUCAUAGAUCAUCAAAGGUUGUUAAGAUACAGCGAUUUCUAUGAAUUGGAAAACUAGGGGAGGGUCUGAGCACCGCAGGCACUUUCGUCUUCUAAUUUUGCGUGCCCUCUCUCCAGUGAUUAUGCAAAGCGACGAUUCAAUCAUGAAGCAAAGCUACCGCUCAGCAAUGUGUGAGUGUAGCUCUUAAGGUGAACUUGACUACUCAUCACAGCCACCGUGCGCCCAAUGCACGACACGCAGCCCGCAAUCCAGCUCUAUUAUCACUACCAGAUGUAAUAUGUGCAACCUAAGCUUUAUAUUUGUGUUCUACUAGCUAUGGCUGUGUUUGGGGGCAGCUUUGUUUGCCCCGUGGACAUGCAGGGAGUCACGCGUAGUGCGACGCCGCGGGCUGUAACAUAUCUAUAAG